UACUCAUUAUCAAAGUACAAUCCCUCUCAAAACACACAUACAAGCUAUAGCCAUGGCUUUCUCCUCUACCAAACCUAUUCCAACUCCUUGCUUUCUCAGAUCAUCAUCAAGACCUUUUCUGCAUACUAAGAUCAUCACCUCCUCAAUACCCAUCUCGUUCAAACUCUCCCAUUCUCAAUCUUUAUCCAUCAAGAAUGCAGUAACAAGCCCAGCAACUGGAUCCCCAUCUGGGCAAAAAAUCAAGACCCCAAAUUUUCAAGAAACAAGACCCACCAUUUUGGUUUCUGAGAAACUUGGAGAUGCAGGCUUGCAGCUUCUACGUAGCUUUGGAAACGUGGAGUGCUGUUAUGAUCUUUCGAAUGAAGAUCUGUGCAAGAAGAUCGAAACAUGCGAUGCGUUGAUCGUGAGGAGUGCGACGAAGGUGAGCAGAGAGGUGUUUGAGGCUGCGAAAGGGAGGUUGAAGGUGGUAGGAAGGGCUGGGGUUGGUAUAGAUAACGUGGAUCUGGGAGCUGCCACAGAAUUUGGUUGCUUGGUUGUUAAUGCACCAACUGCGAACACUGUUGCCGCUGCAGAGCAUGGGAUCGCCUUGCUUACUGCCAUGGCAAGAAAUAUUGCCCAGGCCGAUGCCUCCAUUAAAGCCGGACAAUGGAAACGAAGCAAGUAUGUGGGUGUAUCUCUAGUUGGGAAGACAUUAGCAGUGAUGGGAUUUGGAAAAGUUGGAUCAGAAGUGGCAAGAAGAGCAAAAGGAUUGGGUAUGAAUGUGAUUGCUCAUGAUCCAUAUGCUCCUGCUGAACGAGCUAGAGCUCUUGGGGUUGAUCUGGUCUCUUUCGAUCAAGCCAUUUCUUCUGCUGAUUUCAUCUCUCUCCACAUGCCUCUUACUCCUACAACCCAUAAUAUAUUCAAUGAUGAUACUUUUACAAAGAUGAAGAAUGGUGUUCGCAUUGUUAAUGUUGCUAGAGGUGGUGUCAUUGAUGAAGAUGCUUUAGUCCGAGCCCUUGAUUCUGGAAAAGUUGCUCAGGCAGCACUGGACGUGUUUGCCCACGAGCCCCCACCCAAAGAUAGCAAAUUACUGCAACAUGAGAAUGUCACUACUACGCCUCAUCUUGGAGCAAGCACAAUGGAAGCACAGGAAGGUGUUGCAAUUGAAAUAGCAGAGGCUGUCACAGGAGCAUUGAAAGGGGAACUUUCUGCUACUGCUGUAAACGCCCCCAUGGUUCCUCAAGAGAUUUUAUCAGAAUUAGCUCCUUAUGUGUUGCUAGCUGAGAAGCUUGGUAAGCUAGCUGUACAAUUAGUGGCUGGAGGGAGUGGAAUCAAAUCUGUGAAAGUGGUUUACGAAUCAGCUCGAGACCCAGAUGACUUGGACACAAGACUUCUCCGAGCAAUGGUCACAAAAGGCAUCAUUGAGCCAAUUUCGGACUCAAUUAUCAACCUUGUGAAUGCAGACUUCAUAGCCAAGCAAAAAGGUCUACGCAUUAGGGAGGAACGCGUGGUUGUUGACACAGCCCCUGAGUUCCCAGUCCACUCAAUUCAAGUGCAAAUCUUCAACGUAGAUUCUAAAUUUGCAGGUGCUGUUUCUGAGAAUGGACAUAUAACAAUUGAAGGAAGAGUGAAAUAUGGAAUUCCUCAUUUGACACAACUGGGAUCAUUUGGAGUUGAUGUGAGCUUGGAAGGGAACCUCAUUUUGUGCAGGCAGGUCGAUCAACCAGGCAUGAUCGGCCAAGUUGGAAACAUUCUUGGCGAGCAUAAUGUAAAUGUCAGCUUUAUGAGUGUGGGAAGAACUGUUAGGAGGAAUCAAGCCAUAAUGGCGAUCGGGGUCGAUGAAGAACCUAACGUAGAAGCUCUGAAGAAGAUAGGAGAUGUAAGUGCCAUUGAAGAGUUUGUGUUCCUCAAGUUGUAAUGUAGACUUGAAGAAAAUAUUGCUGAAAUUUUCUUGCUUGGAAGAUGAAGCUAGAAAUUGGUUUCAGAUUUAUUGCAUGUACGUCGUGCAGCCGGUGAAUCAAGAAUAAAGGAUGGUAACCAAACUUAGAUGAUCAUCAAGCUCUGCAAUUUCUGCAGCUUCCAAAUAGUAAAUAAUAAGUUCACCAUAGCAUCAUCUUUUCACCUAGCUAUAUAUAUUAGUUCAAUUAGUUUUGGUAUGGAACCAUUCGGAGCUUUUGUGAGAACUUGAAUUAAAUCAACCAAAAAGACAUGUAUCUUUGUGCAUGUCAUGUUGUGUCCUUGCUAUAUUUAGUUGUGUUAUUGUUAUCCUCUCUACCAAAAGGGUGUGGUUUUAGAAGAGAUUAUUGAGUACUCCUCCUCAAACACAUGCUUUCUCUUUUAUAACGCAUGAGACUUGUGAAGUUAAGAAAUAAUUGUAAUGUGUUAGAUGCAUUAUUUUAUAGUGGUCGAGAGUAUAUUAUAAAGAGCCCAAUUUUAGUUAUCUUGAUUGAUU